CCGGGGCCAUUUUUAAUGGGGCUGGGUGCCAGCAGUCUCUGUAGUGGGGUGCCUGGUCCCAGUUGGAGGGGUGUACACACAGAGCCAAGCAGCUCAGUCACAGCAUGGGCUGCCCAGGAGCAGUGGCAUGCAUCCGUCUGCUGCUCAGAAGGCAUUAGAAGGGUGACUAUUGAAGCCCUGAGGAGGGAAAGCAGGGAGCCGACAAGCAGAUGGAGUUCGGAGAAAGCUCAGGAGGAGGAGGAGGAGUCACAAGGGAAGAGGAGGGAAGGAACUGGUGGCAGCAGUGCUUGGAGGACCAUUCACCAGAAUGCAUCAUGUAUCAUUUUUGCAGCCAGACAUGCCAGUGCUUCCACGAAUCUGAAAGAUGUUCUUGCAAGCAUGAUACCUAAGGAACAAGCAAGACUUAAAAGCUUCAGGCAACAAUAUGGCAGCACAGUCAUUGGUCAAAUCACUGUGGAUAUGAUCUAUGGCGGCAUGAGAGGUAUGAAAGGGUUAAUAUAUGAGACCUCUGUUUUGGACCCUGAUGAGGGCAUCCGUUUUCGUGGGUACAGCAUUCCUGAGUGCCAGAAGCUGCUGCCCAAAGGCCCUGGAGGUGCAGAGCCCCUACCUGAAGGACUGUUCUGGUUGCUGGUGACUGGAGAGAUCCCCUCACAAGAACAGGUGAACUGGGUCUCGCGAGAGUGGGCCAAGAGAGCAGCACUGCCUUCCCAUGUGGUGACAAUGCUUGACAAUUUCCCCACUAACCUUCACCCCAUGUCACAACUCAGCGCCGCUGUCACUGCCCUCAACAGCGAGAGCAGCUUUGCCCGCGCCUACUCGGAGGGAAUCAGCCGGACCAAGUUCUGGGAGUUUAUCUAUGAGGAUUCUAUGGACUUGAUUGCCAAGCUGCCCUGUAUAGCUGCAAAGAUCUACCGUAACCUGUACCGUGAGGGCAGCAGCAUUGGCGCCAUUGACCCUGCCUUAGAUUGGUCACACAACUUCACCAAUAUGUUGGGCUACAGUGACCCUGAAUUCAUUGAACUCAUGCGGCUCUACCUCACCAUUCACAGUGAUCACGAGGGUGGGAAUGUCAGUGCCCACACCAGCCAUCUAGUGGGCAGUGCCCUCUCAGACCCUUACCUGGCUUUUGCUGCAGCCAUGAACGGUCUGGCUGGGCCCCUUCAUGGGCUUGCGAAUCAGGAAGUGCUGGUAUGGUUGACGAACUUGCAGAAGGAGCUGGGUGAAGAUGUGUCUGAUGAGAAGCUGAGGGAUUUCAUCUGGAAUACUCUGAACUCUGGCAGGGUGGUUCCUGGCUAUGGCCAUGCCGUGCUGCGGAAGACUGACCCCCGGUACACUUGCCAGAGAGAAUUUGCCCUCAAGCACCUGCCCAAAGAUCCACUCUUCAAGCUGGUAGCCCAGCUGUACAAGAUUGUCCCCAACGUGCUGCUGGAACAAGGGAAAGCCAAGAAUCCUUGGCCCAAUGUGGACGCACAUAGUGGAGUCCUGCUCCAGUACUACGGCAUGAAGGAGAUGAACUACUACACAGUGCUGUUUGGGGUCUCUCGGGCCCUUGGUGUCCUGUCGCAGCUCAUCUGGAGCCGAGCACUUGGCUUCCCACUAGAGAGACCCAAAUCCAUGAGCACAGACGGGCUGAUGGUGCUUGUGGGUGCCAAGUCUGGUUAAAACAAGGGAUGUGACGGGGUUGGCGACUGAAGGAAUGGUAGAGACAACACAAUUUGUUUUUGUUCAAAGGGCCUUGAAAAGAUCCUUCCUUAGAGGCACUGACCAUCACAUUUUCAGGUUAUUUAUGGGCUACAUUCAGAUAAACUAGAUACUGUAUUCCCCGCCCUGCCCCCUACCUAUUACCUUAAUACCUCCUAAAGAUAGCUUAAGCUCUUAAGUGCAGGGCCCAGGACAACUCUUCCCAACCUGAACUGAUGCCCCAGGCUAGAAAGAGUGUUGCUUUCUGGCUCAAACUUUCCUUCUUUAUUGCCCCAUCUUGCAGGCCAGGAGCAGAGGAUUCUGCCCCUCCAACAAUCAUGUCAUAUCACAGGCUGCUUGGUCCCACUUGUAUCGCCUUUCCCUUCCAGGCAGAUGAGAUGCCUGCCUUCUGUCAGUUGACUUGAAGUGUUUGCUCUUUGGAGCUGGGAGGGAGUGCAAGGUCCUUCCCCUCCAGAUGCCCAGUCUCUUUUCCCUCCUUUGCAUAUUCUCCUCUUGCUGUUACAGUGAAACAGCUGGAUUUGUGCCCUUAAAGGUAGGGCAGACGGGACUGCAGCUCCAGUCAUACUUGGUGUUGGGUGGGGAAGCAAUACAGCUAACCUCUUUGCCUACAUGCCAGAGGGGAAAUAGUGCUCUUCUCUCCCCUGUGCCCCCCCCCCAACUGCUAUAGCACUUGAUCGUCCUGACUUGCAUUGGCACACAAAAGCCUCUUCCUGGUGAAUACCACCCCAAACCCUGACUUUCUGUAAGAUGGUGCUUUGUUCCAGAAGACAGACUUGCAGUGGACUUCUUCUGCCAGGAACAAAUAUCUCCUUGUCUCCUCCUGUUUGGCUCGAAGGGGUGAGGGCAGGGUGCCUGAAGCAAGUGCUUUCUCCCCCCUCCCCACCCCCGGUCUCUUUUUUGGGUCUUAUCUCCCCCCACCCUCCUCAUUUUAACUUUAAUGCUGUGGCAUUUGGGGAAUAUCUAUUAAAGAAACGGUAGCCACAAAUUGAGAGCAGUGAUAGUGAAGAAUGGAAUCUGUCUCCUGGCCUCCUUUCCUCUCUUGAAAGGACUUCAUACACUCCUACCAAUGUUUGUUUUUUCUCUGUGUGUUUGUGUGAAACGCCCUUGUCCUUUAACGUCAAUAAAAGAGAGGAAAAAAACCCCAAUCUAAGUUGAAGGCAUGGCAUACAUGGCUGUGGAAGCAUCAGCAUUUUGUUGAAAACUUCAGGUGGUUCUGUACAAACUGCAAAAUAAAUGUUUUUAUUAACAAGU